GGAUGUGCGAGGAGUGCGCGCGCAGGAUGCUGAGCUGUUACAGCUGAUUCUGUGCAUUUAAACAUUAUGGACAGCUGCGUUUCGCAAACCUGGCAUCUAUUUCGGUAUAUAUAGGAAGCAGAAGUCCGUCACCAAACGCUGCGAAAGAAAACGCAUCGGCCUCGCGAUGGAACGUAUUCUUCAUUCACCUGGCAGGACACGGGAAGAGUACCGGUACCAAACGGCACGUCCUUCAUCACAACCCAUCUCGAGGACUACCUUUACCUAUGGCACCACAACCCCACUGAGAGGACAUGAAAUCGUAAGUGAUUUCGGGGCUAAAUCGGUAGAUAGCCUAGAUUUCGCGAACAAACUCGCAGGUGCGAUGCCUGUUAGGAAAGUGAGUGAGAAAGAGUUACUGCAGGGGCUGAAUGACCGCUUCGCAGGAUUCAUCGAGAAGGUUCAUCACCUGGAGAACCAAAACAGAGCACUAGAGAGAGAAAUUGAGGGCAUUAGACUCAAAGCUAAAUCCUCUGCAUCUCUAUCCGAAGAGUAUGAAUGUGAACUGAACGAUCUGCGGCGGCAGGUGCACGAGAUGACGCUUCAAAAGCAUCAGAUAGAGAUAAACCGUCAGAACCUGGAGGACGAGUUCAACACUUUACGAGACAAGUACGACGGAGAGACGCGUGGUCGAGUUGGUGCUCAAGACAACAUCGCGGUGCUGAAGAAAUGCAUCAGCGAUGCCUAUCUAACCAAACAAGAGAUGGACAGGAAAGCAAAAGCACUUGAGGAUGAGAUCAGAUUUCUGAAGGCGAACCACGAGAGCGAGGUGGCAGAAAUGAUGGUCCAGAUGCAGGACAGUCAGGUGAUAGCAGAAAAGAGUGAUUUUAUUAGAAGUGAUCUCACUGCAGCUCUGAGAGACAUCAGGAUGAAGCUUGAAGGUCACACUGCAUCUGACACCAGAUACGCUGAGGAGCGCUUUAGAGCGCAACUCGCCAAACUGACCAAAGCUGCUGAGGUCAACAGAGAAGCCCUCAUGGCAACUAAAGCAGAGAUUCAGGAGCACAGGAGACAGCUGCAGUCCAAGAACAUUGAGCUCGACUCUGUGAAAGGUGUGAGAGAAGCACUGGAGAAGCAACUCUAUGACCUGGAGCAACGCCACAAUGCUGAAAUCCAUCAUUAUCAGGACACAAUAAGAGAGCUGGAAUUCGAGCUAAAAAAUGCUAAAUAUGAAAUGAGCAGCCAUCUCAGAGAAUAUCAGGAUCUUCUCAAUGUGAAAAUGGGACUGGACGCUGAAAUUUAUUCCUACAGAAAACUUUUGGAAGGUGAAGAGUCAAGGUACUCUAUAAUCUCAGAUGCACAUAUUACAGUUCCAUACAUUUAUAGACAGUCACCCAUCUAUACUCUCCCUUGUGUCACAAGGCAGGGGGGAGGUCGCAGAGCAGAGCCUCAGUAUAAAUUUGUUGAAGAGAUCAUUACAGAGACAACCAGAGAAGAUGUGGAAAUUUUGGACACUGGGUCUGAAAAGAGUGGGGAGGGUGAGGGUGACCAACCAGAUGAGGAGAGUGGUGAGAAAGAUACACAUGGUGACGUUUCACAAGAAGUUAAAGAUGAAGAACCAGAAGCAGCGGUGGAGGAUAGUGAUGGGGGGAACCCUAGAGUAGAGCCAGAAGAAGAUGAAGUCACACCAGCUGAGGAGAAAGAUGAUGUAGAAGACAAGCCAGAUGAAAACACGACAGAUGCUUCUGAGCUACAUCAAGACAUGGACACUGACUCUAAACCAACUCGAGAUGAAAUUCUCACAAAAAAUGCCAUUGAAGAAAAAGAUGAAGGAAAAGACACAAAGAACAUACAGCACAAGGAUCUAAAAGAUGAUAUGACUAGAGAAACAGAAAUAGCACAGUCAGAUGUACCUGGAGAAGACAAUGUAAAGAAGACAGAUGAACCAGCUAAAGAGGCAGAGAAAGAUGUGCCGAAAUCAGAUCCGUCGGAAGAGCUGUCAGUAGAAAAAUCUGAUAAAACUGGACCCGAGGAGAAAACUUCUGAGGAGCCGCACAAUCCUGAAACAACAGCACAAGUAAACAAUAAACCCAGUGAGGAGGUUGUUAAGGUUACUUCUCAAGAAUCUGAAGAGGAUGGACACAAAGAUGCUACGGUCACAUCUCAGGAAUCCAAGACCGCAACCACAGCAGACCAAGAGAAAGAAACAACUCCAGUGAAAUCUAUAGAUGUAAACGCUCCCACACUGAGCCCACAGCCAGCACCUGAAAAUACUGAGAAUGGACAAAAGACAGCUUCAGGACAUGAAGAGCACAAGUCAAAGAAUAUAAGUUCCCCAAAAAAGGAGAUUUCAGGGACCGCCAAUAAAGAAGCUAAAAAAUCCGAGCGUGUGGAGAAAGAUCAAGGUGACACAAGCAAAAUAACCGAGGUUGAGAAACCUAUAGAGAAACCCCACGAGAAAAACAAGGAAGAGGAAGAAAAACCAAAGGAAUCCACUAUAAAAGAAGACAGCACAGCUGAUGGACUGAUAGACCGUGGAAGAACGGAGAAAGGAGAAGGUGGCAAAUCAAACGCACCAGAAAAACCGCAGGAGGAACUUUCUAAAGUUGCAGCAGAAAAACCGAAGUCUGAAAUGAAACAGGAGGACAGCAAAGACAGCAGUGUGAAAACAAGCGAAGGAGAAACUAAAGUCACAGACGAGAAGGUUGAUGAAACACAGAGUAAUGGAGCCCCUAAAGCCAAGGAACCAAAGCCGGUGCAAAAAGAAACUCAAGAGAGCGAAGUGAAGAAGCCUGAGAAAGCCGAAGGGGCUGUAAAAACCGAACGACCUCAGACUGACAGUGGAAACACCAAAGAUGUAAAAAGUGAAGAAACUGUCCCAAAAGAAAGCAAACAAGCAGACAGCGGCGCACGUGAAGUGAAGGCCGUAGUAUCUGAUACAACAACCAAACCAGAAGCAAAAGCUCUGGAGAAGACAGAGUGAACAUGGAAGGUCCUGGAGAAACAAGCAAUGCCCUUUAAUGUAUUGUAGACAGAGAAACAAAGACAAUGUGGAAUGCGCAAAUAAACAAACUCGAGGAAUGUAACAUACAUUAUACACAACUGCAUGAUUAUUAGAUAAAGGGACAGUUCACUCAAAAAUGAAAUUCUGUCAUCAUUUACUCAGCCUCAGAUUGAUAGAAACCUGUAUAAAUGUCUUUGUUCUGCUAAACACAAAGGAAGAUAUUUGUAAGAAUGUCAGUAAUCAAACAGAUCUCACCCCCCAUUAACUGCCAUAGUAGGGAAAAUAAAUACCAUGGCAGUCAAUGGGGCAUGAGAUCUGUUUGGUUACUGACAUUGUUCCAGAUAUCUUCAUUUGUAUUCAGCAGAACAAAUACUGUACAUUUAUAGAGAUUUGGAACAACUUGAGGGUGAGUAAAUGAUGACAGAAUUUUCAUUUUAGGGUGAACUGUCCCUUUAAGCAUGAACUUUAGCAAUCUCAAAGUGGGUUUUGGACGCUUGUGUGCACUGUAAGAUGGGUGUACAUAAAGAAUGUGUGAACAAUGAGGAAUGAAUCAUAUAUUUGAUUUUGCUACACCCUUGCCCUGAUCAGCCAAAUGUAUGUAUUAAAAUGAUGCAAUAACAGAAUAAAUAUU